AUGGAGCUGUUGUUGCCCACUUUGGUUUUGUUUCAUCUGCUGUAUUUUGCUAAUGGUUAUCCCACUGGUGCUCCCACCUCAGCCUGUGAGGACAUGGUGCCUCGUCAUACCGGGGUGCAGCCGCAGCCUUCACCACCACCCUACACUGUCCUCACCAACACAAGGACAUUUCAGCCCGGUGAGCCCGUCACAGUGACGAUAGUUGGACCAGUAUACAGGGGCGUGCUUUUGGAGGCUCGGACAACAUAUAGCAGCACUGCUUUGGGGAGCUGGCAGCUACCUCCUCCAGACACCAAGUUGCUUGAGUGCAAAGGGAAUCCACGAGGUGCCAUCACUCACUCCAACAUCAACAUAAAGGGAAACACGACUGCAUACUCCUGGAUACCACCCACCUCAGCAAGCAGUUUGUACUUCAAGGCCACUGUAGCCCAGCAGCGCACCAUCUUCUGGCUGAAUGUGAGGUCAGCGACUCUGACCAGAGGUGACAAGCUGUCUGGAGAAGGAGUGGAACCAGACCGCUCCAAAGUACAGGCCAUUCUGUACAUGCCCCCACCUACAGACAAGAAGGGAGUACUGCGAGCCAUGGGCGUGGUACAUUUCCUAGGCAAGUUCAUCCCGAACCUCUGUGAAAACGGUCUGUACAAGAGAUCUGCUGCACAAAGGCAAAGUGUUGAAGUGGACUGCCAGAUAUGA